UCAUCAUCGCCAUCUCUCUCUCUCUCUCUCUCUCUCUCUCUCUACUUCUCCUCCCACACCCAGAAGAAAGGGAGAUGGCGCAGGGGCUGCCGGUGACGGCGCCAUUAGCACCGACGACUAGGAUGAAAUCGUCCUUCUUGUCCCCGCAGUCUCUGGGGAUUUUGAGCGCCAAGGUGAAGGUGGCUCCGUCUGCUGCGUCUUCUUGGACCUCCUCCCCAAUGCCGAGGCCUUCCAUCUCCAUGCGUCUUGCCUCCAAGCAAGCCUACAUCUGCCGCGAUUGCGGCUACGUUUACAACGACCGCACUCCCUUCGACAAGUUACAGGACAACUACUUCUGCCCUGUAUGUGGUGCUCCCAAACGGAGAUUUAGGCCGUACGAGCCUGCCGUGUCUAAGAAUGCUAAUGCCGCGGAUGUUCGCAAGGCAAGGAAAGCUCAAAUCCAGAAGGACGAAGCUAUUGGGCGAUUUUUGCCCAUUGGUGUGGCAGUUGGAGCUGUUGCCCUUGUUGCUUUGUAUUUCUAUCUCAACAGUUCAUUCUAGUCUAUUUCCCUAUGCUUCUAUUUCGUUUACACAUUAUUUGUUGAGAAUACAUCUUCAUUAAGUAACUUGUCAGAUUUUGAUUUCCUGGAAGUAAAUCUUGCCGUGAUAAUACGAAU